AAGGCGCCGAGCACCCGGCGCCGAGAGCGCGGAGUCGCGCGGCGCCCACUCGAGAGAAGUGGGGCGGGGAUCGCGCCGUCCCAGCCCGCCCGCCAGCGUGCACGCCGCUCCCGCACCCUUACCCCUCUGGCCUCUGCAGGGCGCGACCGGUGGCCAUGCAGCCGCGGGGCUGAGGCGGCCCCAUGGCCAAAGCCAGCGGUCCGGGCGACGACGGCGCAUGGAGAACUUCCGUAAGGUGCGCUCAGAGGAGGCGCCGGCGGGGGGCGGGGCCGAGGGGGACGGCUCGGGCUCUGGCCCCUUCGCCGACCUGGCGCCGGGUGCUGUGCACAUGCGGGUCAAGGAGGGCAGCAAGAUCCGGAACCUGAUGGCCUUCGCCACGGCCAGCAUGGCGCAGCCAGCCACGCGCGCCAUCGUCUUCAGCGGCUGCGGCCGGGCCACCACCAAAACCGUCACGUGCGCCGAGAUCCUCAAGCGCCGCCUGGCGGGCCUGCACCAGGUCACGCGGCUGCGCUACCGGAGCGUGCGCGAGGUGUGGCAGAGCCUCCCGCCUGGGUCCACGCCGGGUCAAACGCCUGGUGAGCCGGCUGCCAGCCUCAGUGUACUUAAGAACGUGCCCGGCCUUGCCAUCCUACUUUCCAAGGACGAACUGGAUCCACGACAACCUGGCUACCAGCCCCCAAACCCCCAUCCUGGUCCCUCGUCCCCGUCAACUGCGCCAACGUCCAAGAGGAGCCUAGGGGAACCUGGAGCUGGAGAAGGCUCCGCGAAGCGGUCGCAGCCUGAGCCAGGGCCUGUGGCCUAAGACCGGACAGCCUGAGAACUCCAGACUCCGGUCUUGGGGGUCAUUAAGACAUCUCCCGGCACCUCCACCUUUCACGAGUGGGUCCUCUGAAUCCCACAGCCUGGACACAGCGCCUCAAACAGGUAGCAUGAACCCCAAGGUGACAGGAGAAGGGCCCCAGGAGUGGCAGUAGAGGAUCCCCGACGACGCCAGGGAAGGUUGGUGAGAUGGUGGCUCCUAUGGCUGUGUUGCCUGAAGACGUGGAACUCCACCGUUUCUGGGCCAUCCUGGGACCUUUUUCUGGAAGGGGAAGGUGGACAGCUGGGCUCUUGGAACCGUGUUUGGGGCCCUUGAGGGUUAAAGGCACCCACCCUCCCCUCAUUCGGCCUGGAUCAUGACGGGGACCUGGACCCUGGAAGUGCAAGAGAACCCUUGGAAUCACCACGCUACUGAGAGAGGACAAGGGGUGAGAAAUUGACUGCUGAGGGUGGGCUAGUCUGAGAUGUGGGGGCCCUAUUCUGUCCCCAACCCUGGGACAGUCUCCCUUCUAGCUUUCCUUCCCCCGCCUCUGAGGAGCACCCUGAGAUUGCGGGGGCAGAGGCAUCUGCCCUCCCUAUGCUGGCCCAGAGGAAGAGGCCCAGGACAGCGUUCUCCAUGCUUCGUCCCCCAAGCUCCACAGCUGGAGUCUUGCUUCCAAUAAAACAAACACAAAAAAG